AUGCCGAAGUAUCUCAUUCAAUUCGUAGCCGAUGUGUCUGAUCUAUCCCCCGAUAGCCCUCCUGAUUACUCGGGACACAAUGGAAGCAAUUCUGGAAUUCCGCAUCUGACAAACUGCGUAGAGCAAAAUCUCAGUGCUCCACCUUUAAUUCCACCGGAUAACUUCGACAAUCCAUUAACUGAAACCUUAACAGGCCCAUUAUUAACUCCAUCUAAAAAGACUUUAUCGAAGGCCACCACUGCUCUAUCCCUAAAUCAAAACCACAUCUAUACAUCCGAAAGUGACAGUAAUGUUUUGAGACCCCAUGCAAUUUCCAUGGGUAACGCUGCGUGCUGCUUGCCAGAAAGUGAACACUUGAGGUGCCUGCAUUCCGCAGCUCUGAACACUGCUUACACACCUUCGGGCCAUCAUCAACCCACAAUUCAGCGAAUGUUUCUCAUGUCGCGAGCGGUACAGUGCACUGACUUAAUCGACUGUGGACACAACAUGUGCAAUAAUCACAAUUAUCAAUCAUCUCUUCCCUCGGACAGCCACGUCAGUGUGGUGAGGGGAGCUGGCUCUAGAGCUGAUCCACGUAUGGCAAGAGGCAUAGCAGUAUCGACUAACUUCCCCCACGAAAUGAAACAGACAAAAAGCGUGGACACAUGUGCCUUCGUCAACCGAAGGAGUGAGUUGUUCAACUCACGCUCCGAACUUUCUGUAGAUGUAAGCUCUUUGUCCUUGCAAAAGUGUUCAAGUGUGACGUCGCCAAUCAAGCAACCCAUGAGCUCGCUCGCGGCACCCGAGGAAGAAACGUUUGGAUUGCAAUGUGGGCAUAAUGAUGAGGAUAUUGACAGUUUAUCGGCUACCGUUUCCGCUGUCUCACCUUUAGUCGUGAAAGACAUUCCAAAACCUGUGAGUCAGAGAACAGCCGCAUGUGGUCGACAAAACAAGGAGGUGGCAAUGGAGAACGGGUAUCGUAUCCGUACUUUAUCGGAGGAUUUGAAGACAGGGCGAGGUAAUGCAGAUGGCUGUAAACCCAAUUCCCAAACAACAUUCGGUCCACCAUGCUCAGCCAGCAACCUAAGGUCCUUCGAACGCAGUGCAUCGAAGCACAGUCAUGAGCUGGAGGACAGUUUAGUCCGACAGUUUGGUUACUCUAAAAGAAGUAACGGUAACAAGGGUGUAUCGAAAAGAGUGAAUGCAGAUACUUUGAACUCCUGCACCGCAGGCAACUCGAUUGAGAGCGUUACUGAAGAAUGCACCUCAGUGCCUAUGGAAGAAACUGAGUUAAUAAAUGCUACUGCUCCCAACAAGCAGUUGAAUGCAAAUGUUGGUGUUAAGCCACAGCAGGAAGCCUUUUUGCCUGUCGAAUCAAAAGCUGCUACUGAUAACGGCAAAUGUAGACUAGCGAGUGAAGCACGCACUUUGCGAGAGUACCGCGAAGCGAAUCCAAUACCAGCGGAAAAAUGGGAUCAAUGGAAGGAAAACAUUUCAAGUGCAAAGACAGAAACGUUAUUGCAAAGAUCUCUCAUAGGUACACAUCAAAAAGAUGGUCAAGAAUGUUCAAUACGAUCUGGUACAAAUGGAGUCCACCGCAUGAGGUCACCCAAAGACCGUGACGAUGCGAAAGUCAGCACGAAAAUUCGCUCAUUGAGCGAAUCGAGGAUUCCUAUAUCACAAAUGUGGUAUCAUCCUCCGGCCUGUAGGCCUCCUUCCAUCACCUUGACGAGUGCAAAUGGUAGUAGAAAGUUUGAGAGCAAUCCAGUUGGUGUAACUAGCCCACAGACAACCCACGUGUCAAAUGACGAGCCACACAACACACUAGAGGGGAGCGGCACAAAGAGUGGGACGGAAACUCCGGUAAACGUUUCAGAACAGUCAUUGAACGCAGCUAUCAUAACUGCAAAUGACCUUCUCCGUCUCAAGUCCGCGAAACGAAUUGAUCUUGCGAAUCCACUGGGUGAACGAGAAGCAUUGGUGCAGCCUGCAUCUGAAUGUCUCGUGACUGAAACAUGUCCAACCCAAGGUGCAGUUCGUAAACGGCAGUCACACUCUCUACAACCAAGACCUAGCACGGUCAGUGAAGGUACACACGAUCAUAGCUCCCGUGUGUUUUCUAAUGUAUUGAAGGAAGAACAUCCAUCCAUUCGUCCUGUAUCAACUGCCAAUUAUCCGACCAAGAGAAACACGAACCAGAAUUCAUCCUGUGUUGUCUUGUCGCAGGAGGGGACUGAGUCAACCGACAAUCAGCUCAACCGGACAGAUCCAGUCAAAUUUCCUGGGUACCCUACUUCAUCACUGUCGAAAAUAAGGAUGCACAAGAACGGUCCUUUAGCUAGUCCACCAGGUAACCUAUUCACCGGUCGGCGCUCAAACGAAAGUGUCGCAUCAGCCCCCCUGCAUUACUAUGCUCCUCGAAGCGGACACGGCACAAAAUUGGUCCGCCGUAAAUUCUACAUUCCAGAGAGUGCAAACAUUGAGGCAAUACUGGCAGAUCCAGAUGAUCGCCGUAUAAAAGCCAUUUGUGAACGGUAUAAAUGCGAUGUUGAGGUCUACUCGAAGUUGCCGUGGUGCGGUUUCUUGCAGUAUAUCGUUGUUUUGGCUGCACGUGAUUCUGCCUCAUUGCGUCUAUGCGCGCGGACACUGGAUUAUCGACUUAAUUGGUGCCUUAGCGCACAACUUCGGUGA